AUGGAGUGCACCCAAGAGCAUGACAUUCAUCUGUGUAGAGAGAUAAUAGUGGUAGAGCCAUUUUAGUCUAGAAAGGUACCGUGGCCAGAGGACAGCUUUGGACUAAAAUAGCAAGAGUCCUUAAAUAACCGCAAGGAGCUCAAGUUUAGAGUAGGGAUGAGAAGUGUGAGAGAAAGGUUCGGUGAUAUACAAAAAGAGUAUCUAAAGAAGAACAGAACAGAUGAGCGUAGCUGUGGUACAUCAAUUGACAUCACUGAGCAAGACCAGCUAUUAGAAGAAAUUACAGAGAAAGAGAAGGCAGCAGAGGGGAAUAGAGAAUAUGAUAAGAACAAAAAGUAG